AUGGCGGACGAAACUGAUUAUGAACAUGAGAGCGCACCCAGCACGGAUGGAACAUAUGCAGAGCAUACGCAAAACAUCAGCGACAACGAGAAGUUAAUUCUCUGGUUUAAUGGCGUUACACAGGAUGAAGAUACAGAGCAAGGCUCAUAUAGCUGUCAAUGGGAUAUUCCAUCGGAAGCUAUCCCAUAUAUGGGGUUUUCUCCAGAGAUGAUCGAAAACUUUGGACUAAUAAUCAGUUCCAAUGGGCGCCAAAGGGUUCAAGUUCACCAAAUCGAAGAUUAUUAUAUCUUACCAGUAUAUCCUCAUACACACUCAACUGGAAUUGCAACCUUUGUUCAUGUAGCAAAGCCGUUAUUACCAGACAAUCCAACACCACAAGAGAUAAGCGCUGCUUUUACGAAGAUCAAAACCCAAAUCGAGUUUAGUUUAGCGAACGGUAAUGGAAAUGGUCGCUAUAAUAUAACAUCGUUGAAAUUCCUCCAUGGUAUCCGGGUCUGUGGACAUGCGCACCCGAAGGUCACUUCAUAUACAGAGGAGUAUAAUUGUGUAGAUGUUUCAAAAAUCCGAAAUAUUGUUCGGGAGCUCCCAAAGCCUACUCUUAGUAGUAUACAGCAGAUGCUUAAAGAGGCUACUGAAAACCCGCACGUUAGUACAUCUAAGUCCUCUGGCAAGCGCAAGCGUACGUUCAUGGAACCUCCCGCUCUAGAUGACGAUGAGCAGGAGACUCCUAGCCGGCAGAGAGUUUCUCGCAAGCGUGGUGGUAGAGGUGGCAGAGGUGGUAGAGGAAGCCGGUCGACCACUCGUAACUCUGCUUGA